UCUUCAUGCUGUAUGUUCUUCUUGCAGAUUUUAAUUUAAAAAAAAAAAAAACCUCAAAACUAUUUUUAAGCACUCCCUUAUCCAGCGCAAACCCUGUGCGUGGCUUUCUGUUCAGAGCCGGAUGGGUCUCUUGCACAACCCUCUGCUGCGCACAUGCAGCCCCACCGCUGCUGUGGGGCCAGGGUGCUGGCAAUGUGCUGGGGUGCUGGCAGUGUGCCGGGGUGCCAGCAGUGUGCACGGGCAGCUGCCCAAGGAAAGCCUUUGGGGCAGUGCUUCCUCUGUCCGGCCUUGCUGCCCGAACACAGCUCUUCAGUGUUUUACCUUCGCUAGCUAACGGGAGUCCUUGAGGUGGCAGCAAUGGCAGAAUUCAGCAAUGUCUGUUCAGUGACUGAAAUGCCAGGAGACGACGAUGCUAAACGCAGUUUCCAUCACCGAAUGUUCUUGGAACCCCAAGAGAAGAAGAGGAGCAUGAAGUCUCUGGUGGUUAAGCAAGCAAAGAAAACUUGCAGCUGCACUCCAGCCAAAGUUAAAGAAUGUGUUUUUAGCUUCUUUCCUGUCUUGCAGUGGCUUCCUAAAUACAAACUAAGAGACUACCUACUGGGAGACAUAAUGUCUGGUGUGAUUGUGGGGGUCUUACUAGUUCCACAGUCAAUUGCCUAUUCUCUCUUGGCUGGACAGGAGCCUAUUUAUGGCCUUUAUACAUCUUUUUUUGCUAGCAUUAUUUAUUUCAUAUUUGGAACCUCCCGCCACAUCUCAGUUGGCAUCUUUGGUGUGAUUUGCCUGAUGGUGGGACAAGUGGUAGAUCGUGAAAUACAGAGAGCUGGUUAUGACAUAGAGCCAGCUGUGCCCAGUGUCCUCACAGAUACAGCAGUGUAUGUAAACGCCACCCUUUCGCCUGUGAAUCAGACAUCGCAGAAGCUGCUCUGUGAUAAAAGCUGCUAUGCAAUUACAGUGGGAGCCACCAUGACCUUCAUAGCUGGAGUUUAUCAGGUUGCCAUGGGUUUCUUUCAAGUGGGCUUUGUCUCAGUGUACCUCUCCGAUUCAUUGCUGAGUGGAUUUGUCACGGGUGCCUCCUUUACCAUCCUGACCUCACAAGCCAAGUAUCUCCUGGGCCUAGACAUUCCACGGAGCAGUGGCAUCGGCUCCCUCAUAGUCACGUGGACAAACAUCUUCAGAAACAUACACAAAACCAACAUCUGCGAUCUCAUCACCAGCUUCUUGUGCUUUCUUGUACUUAUCCCAACCAAAGAGCUUAAUGAACAUUUCAAAUCCAGGCUCAAGGCUCCAAUACCAGUUGAACUAGUCGUGAUUGUGGCAGCUACUUUGGCAUCUCACUUUGGGAAGCUGAGAGAGACUUAUGGCUCGAGUGUUGCUGGACACAUCCCAACUGGGUUUCUGCCACCUCGCCCUCCAGACUGGAACCUGAUCCCUAAUGUGGCUUUGGAUGCUAUCCCCAUAGCUAUUAUAGGCUUUGCCAUCACUGUCUCCCUCUCAGAGAUGUUUGCCAAGAAGCAUGGUUACUCCGUGAAGGCCAACCAGGAAAUGUAUGCCAUCGGCUUCUGCAACAUCAUUCCCUCUUUCUUCCAUUGCUUCACAACAAGCGCAGCUCUUGCCAAGACUCUUGUCAAAGAGUCCACAGGCUGUAGGACACAAAUGUCUGGCAUGGUGACUAGUUUGGUAAUCCUAUUAGUCCUCCUUGUGAUUGCACCUUUAUUUUAUUCCCUUCAGAAAUGUGUCCUUGCUGUCAUAACCAUUGUAAACCUCAGAGGAGCCCUGCGGAAGUUCAAGGACCUGCCAAAAAUGUGGCAUUUGAGCAGAGUGGACACAGUGAUCUGGCUGGUUACUAUGGCAGCCUCAGCACUCAUCAGUACCGAGAUUGGUCUUUUGGUUGGUGUUUGCUUCUCUAUGCUCUGUGUCAUCUUCCGAACUCAGAGACCAGAGGCACCGCUGCUUGGCUGGGUAGCAGAGUCUGAGACGUAUGAAUCCCUGUCUGCUUACAAGAACUUGCAAACCAAGCCAGGAGUUGUGGUGUUCCGUUUUGAAGCACCCCUCUACUACAUCAACAAAGAGUGCUUUAAAUCCACCCUGUACAAGCAAACUGGGGUCAACCCCGUCUGGGUGAAGGCAGCAAAGAAAAAGGCAGCAAAAAGAAUGCUUAGGGAGAAAGAGGUGGAUUCUGGCGGCAACCAGACCAGCAUCUCCAUGGAUUUUGUCUCUGAACCUCUAGAGUUUCACACAAUAGUGAUUGACUGUUGUGCAGUACAGUUUCUGGACACGGCAGGAAUACGUACGCUCAAAGAGGUCUGCAAGGACUACAGGGAGAUAGAUGUCCAGGUGCUGCUGGCCCAGUGUAAUCCUUCGGUGAGGAGUUCCCUGAUCCGAGGAGAAUUCUUCAAAGAGGGGGAGGACCACCUUCUCUUCCACAGUGUGCACCAGGCUGUGGACUUUGCGUUGGGCGCACAGGGGCACAGCGGGACCAGCACUUCUGAGAACUAGCUGUGGGAAGGCAGCAAACUGGAACAAAGCCUGGGAAAAAAUGGCUGUGGGUCUGUAUGUCUAUGCAAUACGUAUGCCCUCAGAUAAAAAGAGGCAGGGUUGAUGUUAAUGCACUGGUUAUUAGGCAGUCUAUUUUGAUGCUUUAAAUUUGCCUGCCGGGUAUAGUGAUUCAAUAGGUGAUACUGAAUGAAGGCAAUCCUUAACUUGAUUAUGGCUGAUCUGUGAAUCUAAGACUUUUCAUAUGGUUAUUCAUCUCCUUUCUUUCUCUCUUAAAUUUUCCGUGGCUCAGUUCCUUUCUGAGUUUUGAUCAUCAGCAUUGAAGUCUUUAUUGCAACCCUGUCUUUAUGGAUGGGAUGGGAUUUUGCAGUAGUCUGGGUAUCCUGUCCAGCCGAAUAAUGAGAGGCAGCUCAUUUCUUGUCCCUCGUUCUGGCAUUGCUUUUCCAUAUCACCACACCCUUACAUUUUCGAAGGAAUGACUGACAGGGACUGUUUGCUUUGAUCUUUACUGUGGAGUGAUUGAUUGGUGAUUUUGUAACCUCCCUGAAUUUGAGACAGAUAGAUAAAUAAAAUGGAAAUAUGCCUGAAAAGGUCUUAGAGAAUAGCUUCUAACCACCUAUCGCCUCCAGAGGCUUUGUCAUUGUCUCCUGUGAGCCUGCUGCAGCCAGGCAGUGGGGACGUGGUUCUCUCGUUUCUACACAGGCCUUUACAUGCCAGGAAAAUUUGCCUCUCUAGCUUGAAUUUUUUUGGAAUUAUUUUUAUUCAGAGGUGACUGUUUAGAAGUCUGAUUCGUGGUUAUGGUCAGUCAUUUGUUUUCCUAAUAUUUAGGAACCCUUUAGAAUUGUGGUCGUUGGAUAUGGAAAAAUCUCUAAUUCUUGAGUUUCAACAGAAAAUGAUCCUUAAAGCCAGUUUUACGUGCCAGGCAGACAGAAUCACAGGCACUAAAAUGAGAAGGGCCAAAUAAAUUAUCCAGCAUCUGUCCAAAUUACUCCAUUUCAUACAGACUUCAUGUGUGAAUGCAGGUUUUAUUGACCAUAAACCAUUUACACAUGCUCUGUCAUGGACUUUGUGAUGGGGAUGGACAGACCAAGAAAUACAGCCCUUAGAAAAGGAGCCACAGAGAAUUCUUCUGCUGAACGUUACUUCACCAUGUUAGUGUAAAUAAAGCUUUGUACUUUGAUUUUUAAAUUGUGCAGAAUGGUGAAGAGCACCUGUUUGUCAUGCUAAAAUGCAAGCACCGAGUAGGAAGAGUUUCUCUUUUCUUACCACAAUAGAAUACAAUUAUGAAGGCAGAAUUGAGAGAUUAACAGGUUUUACUGAGUACCAGCUAUACAUAGCACACAGUACAUCCUUGGAAGAUGGUGGUUUCUCCCAGGGGAGUUUAUAGUCUGAAUUGCAGGUUCUUCACAGCUUUUAAAAGGGAAAAAGUGUUGUAUACAGACAAUAUUCUCAUCCUUCAUCAUUCAAAAAUAAUGAAUCAGGAGUCAAAGAAGGAAUAAAUGCAAUAUGAAUCAUGAAAUAUUUUUUAAAUAAAAAUAUAUUUUGAGUAUAGGAUUUUUUUUUUUUCCCCUGAGCUAGGAGCAGUAACUGUUUCCUUCUUUCUAUGAAAGCUGAAAUGUCAUGUAUGACUUCACUCUAGGAGCUGGGACCUCGAGAGAAGGAACUAGAUAGCAGAAAGAUGAGUCCCAGGACCUGGCAACCUUUAGAUGUUAACUGAACUCACUACAUGUUUUAGGACAUCAUAGCAGCACCCUGGGGGAGACAGGGGGUGGCUGUAGCAUAUAUUGAAAAGGAGCACGUGACUGAGAUCUGUGCAUUAUGUGUUCUAGAACUGGCAUUGUUAAGGAAACAGGUCUCCAAGUAUCAGAGGGAAAAUGCUAAAGCUUCUGCAGUAUUCAAAAAGCACAAAUAUUUUUCUUUCUCAGCCUUAAGGUAUGCUUAUACAAGGAUGAAUCGUACAUAGCCAUUGCUAAUUUUUUUCUUUUCUGCAGUAACCUCUUGCAUGAACUUUUUUCUUCUGGGUUAAGAAUCCCUUAUGCAGUUUGGAUACUUACAAUUACUGAAUUGGUAUUACCAGAAUGGAUUAGCCUAAAAGCAGUGAGUGGGGUUAACGUGUACGUAGGGGGUGGGUACAGGAUGGAAAUGACGUUUAAUUCCUCACCAUACCUGUUGCCUUGGGUUCCCAUUCAGAGCCCCUGGGUCGGUGUUGAGAGCAAGCGGGCGCACGGGCAGCAGCUCCCGCAGCUGGGUGCCAGCGUGGGAAGGCUUGUCACCGCGGGGUGCCUGGUGGCAGGGGAGCAGCGCAGACCUACGCACGUGCGUUCAGCAGGCGGCAGUGCAAGCAUCACUAAAACUAUGAACAAAAGCCUCGAUACCAUUUUUAAAUGCUGAUUUUAACUAAUAUUUUUCAAGAGAGCAGAACAGUGCUAGAAGCAGCACCCUCUUCUCAAAGCCCUGAUGAAAAAUUAUGGCACGGCAAACAAUAAGCAGUGUGCCUUGUUAUUGCCAAUGUUCCUGCCUACCCCCAGCUACUCGUAUUCACCCCUUUGCCCCGCAGGCACAGGCAGCCGAGAGGAGAGGAGGAAUGAGCAGCCGGCCAGGAGGCUUCCUCUAAGGCAGGUCAGCCACAAGUGGGGUGGAAGUAAAGUAGAAAUUGCUCUGGGUGAUUCUUUCCUCUCUAUACUCACAACUCCUCUCUCUCUCUCCUCUUUCCAUGCUGCGCAGGUGGAGAUUUUUUGAUCUGUGACCAUGAUUGCUUUGUGUAGCCGAAUUCUAACUGAGAAGGGCAAAACAGGAAUUAUUUAUUAAACAAUGUUUUUUUCAAAUCCAUUUCUACCCGUGCCAGGAAGGGAGGAAUAGCAAUGUUACUUCCAAGAAGUACGUGCUUCCCACAGCUAGCAGGAUGCGUAUUUGUAGCUCCUGGGUAUUUGUUUACAUAAAAACAUAAUAAAACAGCCAUAAAUUUAUUUUCAAAGAAUUAAUUUAGAUUACAGCUAAAAGAUAUACUUCAGUGAUUUAUGUUUAGCUGGAACACAUCAUAUUUGGCCUCAGUGCUGUUUGUGCAAUAUAGCCUCCAAAUUCCAUUUCAAGCAAAACACAAGAAACUGUAUUAAAGUACAAUCGUAAAAGCAGCCAGCCAACCGAAAGAACAACUUUUAAUGUUCUUAUUUAAGAUAACGUACAGAGGUCAUAGUAUUAAUGAGUCUAUAUUAACGCACACAGCCCUGGUUAAAAGGGAACAGACAUAAAUGCCGUUUGCCAGAGGGUUCAGUAUAAUGGAGAAUCCUUUGAAAUUAACCGAAGAUUAGAGCUUAUCAUGGCUGGAAUUCCGUAAAACAGUGGGUUUUCAGCCAUUCUUCUUUUAGGCCUAGAAUCAUUUUUUAACAGAGACAAGAAUCUGAUUUCAGCCUACUGGCAAGAAGCGCACGCUUUGCUUGAAUAUAUUUAUGGACCCUUUAGAAGUAAUCCAAUUUCACCUUUAGGAAUCAGGACCACUGAUUGAAAACUGUUGCCCUAAAGAAUUUGUUUUAUAAAGGAAUUUCAUAUAUCUCCAUACACAUAUAUAUGUAUAUGUGUGUAUGCAGAUAUCUAUGUGUAUAUACACAUCUUUUGCUGCUGUAUGAUGGACGCAGCAGCUAUAUAUAUAUCUGGUUAGGCUUUUGUGAUGUGCCUAUUUCUGUCCUGGAAAGGGCUCUUCUGCCUUCUACUGUUUUAAAUGAACGGUGAGAUACAUGUACCAGAUUUUAUGAGGGGAAAUCUGCUGUACCCACCUCCUUCUCUCCCUUCUCUUGUCCCUGCCUAACAGCUUAACUUGUAAUCUAUAGGAAGAGGGAGUCUCAGAAUGAUUGUUUUUGGGAAUACGCAUCUGUCCAGAACAGGGGCAUUCAUCCCAGGUGCAACCUUCAGAACCCAGGGCCAGACGGGAAGAUGGUAUGAAUCAGUUGAUCUCCGUUCCCAAAGGUACUAAUCAGCAAUUAUCUCUUAAUUCUUCAUUUAGACUGAUCAUUAGCACAUUCAUUAAUGACAAUAACAUGGCAUUAUGGAAAUUAACACUCACAGUCUCAGCUAUACUAAAGACUCCUGGAAAUGCCUUAAGUAGUCUCCCGUUAAAUGUCAGGCUCUUUUUUUACGUUUAUUGCUGCUAUAGAUAGUAGUGUCAGUUCCUCCUAACGUGGCAAUUGCACUAAUAAAUGUUUCACUUGUGUGAAUGUUUUGACAUGGAAACAAUUUUCAGUCCACUUCAUAAAACAGGGAGAGGUGGUGCACUGUGGUGCAGAGGGCCACGUGGUGCUUAUUUUUGGAUUUAUACUGACAUUGCCAACCCUUAGUCUUGGGCAAUUUGGUGAUCCUGAUUUUCUUGUAAGCCAUUGCAGCUCCAUCUGCUCCUCUCCAGUUCACUGCGAGAUCCACCCCUCCACCCUCUGACACUUCUUCCUGUGUUUUGCUGUAAGACAUUGAGUACGAUUGACUGUAAAUAGAAGAAUCGUUGCCUUUGUGUAUGUUGCUAUUACAUGUGACCUGCUACUCAAUUUUCACGCCAGAUCUUUUGAUGAGGCUAGAGCUCCUGAACAGAGAGUGUAAAGCAACCCCAAAACCCCACCAGUCCUUUGGGUGCUGGGGCUGGGAGAAGGGGGGCUGUGGGCAGCUGGCAGGGGAGCACCAGUGUGCAUGUCCCUGUGCGAGGCUUUGUGUAGCUGCAGGAGUAAUCGUGCUGCCCAGGAACGAUUAAUUAACCUGGAGGCAUCUUUAUUAUGAGGCUACUGUGACACUGUGUUAUGCAGCCACGUGUCUUUCUCCGUGAUGACUGUAAUAAUACCGUGGGACCUAGUUCCUGCUCAGUGGUGCUGCAUGAGUCGCUGUCCCAAACUGCAUAUAUGAGAGAUUUCUGUUUUCAUGCUUAUUUAUUUUUAUCUGAUUUUAAUCUAAGUCCAUGUGUGGCUCUCCCAGCCAGAGCAGCAGAUCUUCCAUGACUGCGGUGCUCCUUCCCUGUCGUGCUGCAGUGAUGAAUGGAAAAGUACUCUCUCUAGGGAAAAAACACAGCAAUUCCUUUGUCUCCGCUUGCUUCAGCUGGCUUGUGCCAGGAGACGUUAAAAUCCACUGCUGAGGGGACUGAAGUGCAGAGGUGAGGUAUUGCAGGCAGGAAAGCAUCCUGGCUGCUGCACCGGAGUUUUAAGGCGGUUGAGACCCAGCUGCUCCCACAGCCUUGUGCUGAGGUUGGCCGCGAACUCUGCCUGUGCCAGGUCCUAAAUCUAGAUCUUACCCGGUGGGGUCCAGUCUUUCUGUGGCCAGUCCUCCCUUGAGAAGAUCAGCAACGUCGUGCAUCUCCUUGGGUCCAGUUCCCUGAAUCUUUCACCCAAGGGCUGUGCUAAGUUGCUGUUCCCCACUUGCAAUCAUCUCCAGUGCUGCUGGUGCUAAGAGCCUUUAAGCAGGUUGAAGUCACAUCACCCACGUGUCUCCAUUCCAGAAACGGUGCAGGAACACCCGUGCUGGCCCUGCAGCAGGUCACGCAGGCAGGCUCAGCGCUGACCUUGACCUCCCUGUGUGCCCAGCGCAGUGAGGAGCACGGCUGGGCUGUAGGAGGCUGCUGGUCUAGAAGAAGAUCAAACGAACUGAAAGAAGAGGAAACUCUUUGAGUUGAGGGUGAAACUCUUCAGACAAAUAGUUUGUUUCAGGGCAUUAUCUUCUCGUGGUUUUUUUUCACAUGCUUUGGAAAGGUGAUUAAAUGAUUGAGGUGAUUUACAUUUUUUUAAAUUUUUUUUUACCAACAUAGCUAAGCUAGUGAAGCUGUGACACAGAUAGCAGUCAUCUGCUGCUAAUGCCAUGCAAGGUGCUUUUUGUAGCUUAUUUUGCUUUGCUGAGUCUCAAUGUAGGAUGUUGUUGUGCAACUUCAAUAUUGAUGUAACUGUCCACACUAGAAGGGCUUUGCACUUCUACUAUGCUGGCAUAGAUGAAAGGAGCAACGUCUUUAGUGCAGACUUUGCACUGUGAAUGACCUUGUUAAGUCCCAAGAAUUACUUGCACUUGUGAAAAACUACCUGAUCUUUACUAUUUCAGUCAAAUUCUACCUGAAGUUGGAAUAAUUCUGAGUCUUACUUUUUCUUUUGAGGUCAUUACAAUGCUAAAAGUGAGGCCUCUGGUUAGGUAAAAUGGCAAAUAUUUUUUAUAUAUAAAUAUUUAGUUCAUAGUGUAAUUAGUACCUUUAUAUUUUAUUUUCUAGAGAUUGUAUAAGCUAAAGCAUAUUGCUGUUCUCUAAUGUGCAAAUACACAAAAUACUACAGCAUUGGAUCGAGAUUCAAGUCUCCAUUGAGUAACUUUACUGCCAAAAAUAUUUGAAUUCCAGCUCUCGCCAGCUCUGAAAGCACUUAGCUGUUAUUCCAGCUCCCAAAUGAUCUCAGGACUCCACAGGAAGAUAGGAAGUGAAAACAUUUUGCUGAAUUUGGGUCCAAAAUUUUUAUGUCUAAUUUUUUACUUGAGGAAGUAUAUUUUAUGUAUAUUUGAAAUAAAAAUGAACCAUGAUUAAAGAGAGGUAAAGCCUCACUCUUUCUGGUAAGCACACGAUGCUUUGAGUUCAUCAGCCUCUUGAGUCCCUGUCCAUCAUCUCUGGUACCUUGGUAUGUUCUGGGAUAUAGUUCUUGAAUUAUUUUAAAUUCAGAAUAAUUUUAGAUAUUUGUGAUACAAUGUUUUGCAGAAUAAACAAAAGGACAAAUUUUGCCUGGAGUAGCUUUUUCAAGUUGGAGAGUCAGUUUAACCAAACAGGACCUAAGGAAUCGAAGAGAUCCCAUCAGUUGGCUGACCUAACCAGUUUACAAAAUUAUUUAUUUGUCUAAAAUGUGGAAGAGUUGUAUAGUAUGCAUAAAAGAUUACCUUACUUUUUACUGUGACUUAUCCGUGCAGUAAAAAUAAGGUAUAAGGUUCCCCCCAGUUUGGUGGUGGAAUCCAAGGUGCUGGGGAAGCGACUUGCUCCGUGGUGUAAGUCCGUGCUGGAUGGGUGUUUGCUAACACAGACCUUGCCUUGCGCCCAGCGUGGGCAGAGAUGUGUUGCCAGCAGCUCCUCGUUGAGUGCUGAGCUCACCGACCAAACGUUUGUGAUGAGAGUUGUGUUUUGUCAAUCGUCUUGUUAUGUCCUAGGAUCAGCUGUGGGAUAUAUCCUCUGCCUGUUGUUGACUCUGCUCUACGCUGUCUCUGUCUGUUAGAUCUGUAUCAAUUGUCAUUUUUAAGUGCUAAUGUGCCUUAUUGUUAUUGUAGAAGAUUUGUUAGCACAAGAAUUUUCUGUCAAAUAUGGUAAAAUCUUUGGGAUUUCUUUAUCACCAUUAAAAAAUUAUAUUUAUGUUUUUUCUGUUGUCGGACGUAUACUCGAUACCUUAGAAGAUGCUGCAGCUAUAAAUUCUAAACAGAAGAGCCACGCAGGUCUGAGCAGUGAG